AUGGAGCACCUUCCAGGCCCGUUCUUGGGGGAGGGAUCUGAAGGACCAAGGAAAGCUUUUCAUACCCUCCAGACUGGCAAGCUCUGGGAAUUCCUGGAAAGGAACCCCCAGGAAGAACUGAAACAGGAACUGGGUAAGAGUUCGCUCCCGGAGCCCCUAAACUCCGAGUUCCCUUCCUCACUUAGGAGAGUUCCACAGCGGCCAAAGAAGUCAACCCUCUGGGAUGAUGCGAAGACCUUUCUGGCUUCCCUCAGGCAAGUGUCCGAGGCCUGGCGGUUGCCCCAGGACGAGUGGGUGAGCCAACUCCAACCAGUGCUCAGGGCAGAAGUCGAGCAGGCCUUUAGUAGCCUAGACACCAAAGACAGAGAGGAUUAUGGGAAAGUAAAAGCAGUCGUCUUGCAAGGCGAUGCCAUGGAGGAGUAUCACAAGGGGUCGAGAGGAGCUUCCAGCUGGCUCCAGGAUCUUUGUCACCAGUGGAUGACGGGUGAGAGACCUAUGAAGGAGCAGAUCCUGGAGCAGAUGAUCCUGGGGCAGUUCCUGGACAGCCUUCCACUGGAGAUCCAGAGCUGGGUCAGGGAGCGUGGGCCUCAGACCCUAUCCCAGGCGGUGGUCCUAGCGGAGGAGUUCCUGCUGCGGCAGAGAGAAGCCCAGGAAAAGCAGAAAGAGUGUCCUGUUUCCUUCGAUGAAGUGGCUGUGUUUUUCACUGAGGCUGAGUGGGCCCUGCUGAAUCCGAGCCAAAGGGCUCUCUACAGAGAAGUCAUGCUGGAGAAUUAUGGGAACGUGGCCUCUAUGGAAAGGUCUCAGAUCCACAAGCCAGACCUUGUCUCCUGGCUGGAAGAAGAGGAAGAGUGCUUUAUCCCGUGCGCCAAGGAAGGGGAGACAUCAACAGCAUUUGUAUGCAAGAGUGAGAAUAAACUAGGGGAACUGUCUGCAGAACGAGUCAAGCCCUUGGAGUCAGAAGAAAAUGUUCAAAACCAAGAUGGAUCAAAGCAGCGGAAACGAAAGGAGAAAAAAGGGAAGCAGAAAUGGCGGAAGAAAUCUGUUGCCCUCUGGGGUAGGAAUUUCCAUAAAGUGCUGGCCCAUCAAAAAAUACAGAAAGGACAGAAAACGAACAAGUGCCUCAUCUGUGAGAAAACGUUUAGCUACGAAUCAAACCUUAAGACACAUGAAAAAAUCCACACAGGGGAGAAACCGUAUCAGUGUUCGGGCUGUACCAAAAGCUUUUGCUAUCAAAGGAACUUGGUUCAGCAUUUAAGAACCCACACAGGGGAGAGACCAUAUAAAUGUUCAGGCUGUAGCAAAAGCUUUCGUUAUCAAAGGAACCUUUCUCAGCAUUUUAGAAUCCACACUGGGGAGAAACCGUAUAAAUGCUUUGAGUGUGGGAAGAGCUUCAAUCAGAGCUCAAGCCUUACUUCCCAUCAAAGAAUCCAUACAGGGGAGAAACCAUAUAAAUGCCUGGAAUGUGGGAAGAGCUUCAGUCGAAGCACAGGCCUCUCUUCCCAUAGAAGGAUCCACACGGAAGAGAAACCAUUUAAAUGCUUUGAAUGCGGAAAGAGCUUUACUGCCAGCACAAACCUGGCAACGCAUCAAACUAUUCAUACUGGAGAGAAGCCGUUUAAAUGUUUGGAGUGUGGGAAAAGCUUCAGACAGAAUACGUGCCUCACUUUACACCGGAGAAUUCACACUGGAGAGAAACCUUAUGAGUGUUUAGAGUGUGGCAAGAGUUUCAGUCGCAGCACAAAUCUUAUCGCGCACCGGAGAACCCACAGAAAAGAGAGACCAUUUAAAUGUUCUAAUUGUAGCAAGAGUUUUAAAGAUCAAGCAAGCCUUCUUAAACAUAACAUGCUACACACAGGAGAGAAGCCAUACAAAUGCUCGGAGUGCGACAAGAGCUUUGGUUCAAAAUCAUACCUUGCUACACAUCAAAGAAUUCACACUGGGGAGAAACCCUAUAUAUGCUCAGAGUGUGGAAAGAGCUUCCGGCAGAAAAUAAGCCUCAUAUCGCACCAACAGAUGCACACUGGAGAGAAACCUUAUAACUGUUUUGUAUGUGGGAAGAGCUUUAGUCAGAGCACACACCUUAAUUCACACAAAAGAAUCCACUCAAGUGAUAAACCAUAUAAUUGCCUAGACUGUAGCAUGACCUACAGUGAAAAGUCAGGGCUUGAUGCACAUCAGAGAAUCCAUGAAGCAAGAAAGCCAUUUGAAUGCUUGGAAUGUGGAAUGAGGUUUUGCAAGAGCACAGACCUGAGUUCACACCAGAGCAUUCACAUAAGGGUGAAGCUAUUAAAAUGAAGCUUUUCCCAUUCAAAGCAAUCAUAGCCCACAUCCUAUAGCACAGGUUUACAGCACAGAAGUCGUAUCAAUACUCUGAUUAUCUGUAAUAAAUCAGGCCUGAUGUACAACCCU